GCCCCGUGGGCAGCCGCAGCCGCAGCGUCAUGGAGUUCGAGAUCAUGGAGAGCGACAUCCUGGAGGGGCUGGAGGAUCUCGGGUACAAAGGCCCAUUGUUGGAUGAUGGAGCGCUGACUCAGGCCACGUCCCAUGGGGCCACCUCCCCUGAAUUUACCAAACUGUGUGCUUGGCUGGUAUCUGAGUUAAGGCUGUUCUGUAAACUAGAGGAAAAUGUGCACGCAACAAACAGUCCAAAUGAAGCAGAAGAAUUCCAACUUGAAGCGAGUGGGCUGCUGGCAGAAAUGAAUUGUCCAUAUGUGUCACUGACAUCAGGAGAUGUGACAAAACGCCUUCUCAAUCAGAAAAACUGUGUCCUGCUGCUCACAUACCUCAUCUCAGAACUGGAAGCUGCCAGAAUGCUGUGUGUGAACGCCCCUCCAAAAAAAGCCCAGGAAGGAGGAGGCAGCGAGGUCUUUCAGGAGCUAAAAGGCAUAUGUAUUGCUUUGGGCAUGUCCAAGCCUCCAGCCAACAUAACGAUGUUCCAGUUCUUCAGUGGAAUUGAAAAGAAGUUAAAAGAAACCCUAGCAAAGGUUCCACCUAAUCAUGUUGGAAAACCUUUACUGAAGAAACAGCUGGGACCAGCUCACUGGGAAAAAAUUGAAGCAAUUAAUCAAGCCAUAGCCAAUGAGUAUGAAGUUCGGAGAAAGCUGUUAGUGAAACGUUUGGAUGUAACCGUGCAGUCAUUUGGCUGGUCAGAGAGAGCUAAGAGUCAAACAGAGAAAUUGGCUAAAAUUUACCAACCAAAACGCGCACUGUUAUCUACUAAGUGCACUAUUUCCAUUGCUAACCUCUUGGCAGCUCGGCAAGACUUGUCAAAGAUUAUGAGGACAAGCAGUGGCUCCAUCAGAGAAAAGACUGCAUGUGCCAUUAAUAAGGUAUUAAUGGGCAGAGUGCCUGACAGAGGUGGCAGGCCCAAUGAAAUUGAGCCACCACCUCCUGAGAUGCCACCAUGGCAGAAAAGACCAGAAGGGACUCAACAGCAAGGUGGAGGCAGAGGAGGAAGAGGUGGCUAUGAAUCAUCAUAUGGCGGAAGAGGAGGUCAUGACCAUGGGGGCCACGACCGUGGCGGGCGAGGAGGCUAUGACCAUGGGGGUCACGACCGCGGAGGGCGAGGAGGCUAUGAUUCAUAUGGAGGACGAGGAGGUCACGAACAAGGGGGUCAUGACAGAGGAGGGCGAGGAGGACGUGGCAGUUAUGACCAUGGAGGCAGAGGGGGAGGAAGAGGAAACAAACUCCAAGGAGGCUGGACAGAUGGAGGAAGUGGCUAUCAGGACGGUGGCUACAGGGAUAGCAACUACAGAGAUGCAGGUUUUCAAACAGGUGGCUAUCAUGGUGGUGGUGGCGGAUACCAAGGAGGUGGCUACAGCGGUUAUCAGUCUUCAUAUACAGGAAGUGGAUACCAGGGUGGUGGCAGUGGCGGCUACCAACAGGACAACAGAUACCAAGAUGGUGGGUCCCACGGUGAUCGAGGAGGUGGGCGUGGAGGAGGGAGAGGUGGCCGUGGAGGUCGUGGUGGCCGUGGAGGCCAAGGAGGAGGCUGGGGAGGCAGAGGUGGACAGAACUUUAAUCAAGGGGGGCAGUUUGAGCAGCACUUCCAACAUGGAGGCUAUCAGUAUAACCAGUCUGGAUUUGGACAAGGAAGACACUUUACUAGCUGAGGCUACUAAAGUUUACACUUCAGCAGAGCUCAAAUAAUAGAAACCUAGUUUCAGAGGCCUGAUUUUAAUUGUGUCUUGAAUUAAUGCAAAGCUGUAUGUGACAAGCAAGCUCUUUUUUGGGUGAGAUGCUUUGCUUUGAGCAUAGGAGUAGACCUCUGAUUUUCCUUUUGUCUGACUAAAAUAACUACACUGCCACUCUUCAAUGGGCUCCACCAAACCUUUGACUAAUAGCCAUGCUUUUUAAACAUUGGACUGAAUUCCUCUGAUCCAACCAUUUUGUUCAGCAGUUCUCAUGGUGUGCCUGCCUUCCAUUCUGAGGUAUAACUAUAGACAUGAAGACUUGUUUGUUCAGACUUGUAAUACACAAAUGGUUUUGUUUCCGUGUUCCUUUCUAAAUGCUUUUUCAGACAUAUGUUCAAACACAGUUUUGAGUGUUGCUUUGACUUGCUGGCCUGCUGUGUUAGUCAAGAAGAGGUUACACGCACCCACCCACCCACACCUGCUUGCUUCUGAAUUGCUCUCUAACCAGUAUGUCUGCUGUGUCUAUUAUAUGAGCUCUUCUGUAGAUUUCACAUCCAGUAGCCUUAUCUUCCACUUAUCAAAAAUUGCACCACCUGCUUAACUCUGGAGAUUUUUGGCUGCUGCCAAGUCUGCAAAGAUCAUUUCAAGCCAAGCCAAUCUGUCAACCAAUAGUAUAUGUAGGCCUGUAGUUAAGUAUAGUGAUUCAAACUGACCUGCAUCCAUCCAAAACAAGUUGCUCCUUCUCUCAACCUAACUUUUACUUGAAAUCAUCUAGAAGAAAAAGCGAAGUGAAAUUUAUUUUAUGCACAAGUUAAUACCACUGGCUCAGCAAAUCCAGCGCAGUUUCUUUGGGGGUUUUGGGGGUUAUUUUGGUUGUUUUUUUAAGAAAAAAAAGAAAAAGAGAAAUGCACUACGGCCUGGGGAGAUUAGUUCCUACCUGGAGGUGGCCCUUUUAUUAUUGCUGCAGAAAAUGAAGCCUGGCUGAUGUUUGAUGUUCUUACAGGUUUUUUUUUCCACUCCCUGAGAGCCACAUAAUGCUUCUUGCUGGGUUUUUGUGUACAUAAACAUUGUCAAGCUGUGAAAGAGAAAAUGGCUGAAGGUGUGCUGAUGUAUAGAAGGCGAGCAAUAAAAGUAUCUGUAUGUUC